UUAUAAUAUACAUUAUACAACGAUUUUCGGAUUUAUUAGUUGUAGUGACUUAUACUUAUUUUUUUACUUACUUUUUGAAUGUCAGCGUUUUCAGUUAAAUAACCGUUUGGAUUGUAUUUUAUUUGUGAAUAGUUUUAUUCUCCAGUCACAAUGUCAACUAUAGAACAGCCUUGCUAUACUUUGAUCAAUAUCUCUAGUGACUAUGAGAUGCCAAACGAAAUGCAACUCAAGUCAGAUCUUGAAAAAGGUGAUAGCAAAACAAAAAUCGAAGCAUUGAAAAAAGUCAUUCAUAUGAUAGCCAAUGGAGAACGUUUGCCAGGAUUGUUGAUGAUAAUUAUCCGUUUUGUCCUACCAUUACAAGAUCAUACAAUUAAAAAACUGCUUUUAAUAUUUUGGGAAAUAGUACCGAAAACUACAGCUGAUGGAAAAUUAUUACAGGAAAUGAUAUUGGUCUGUGAUGCAUAUCGUAAGGAUUUACAACAUCCUAACGAAUACUUGAGAGGGUCAACUCUUCGUUUUUUGUGUAAAUUGAAAGAACCAGAAUUAUUAGAACCACUGAUGCCUACUAUACGUUCAUGUCUUGAACACCGUCAUUCAUAUGUAAGACGUAAUGCUGUACUUGCAAUAUUCACUAUUUAUAGGAAUUUUGAAUUUCUGAUACCGGAUGCUCCUGAACUUAUCGCUAAUUUUCUUGACGGAGAACAAGACAUGUCUUGCAAACGUAAUGCUUUUAUGAUGUUACUACACGCUGAUCAAGACAGAGCACUUACAUAUCUGGCUUCUUGUCUGGAUCAAGUAGCUUCUUUUGGUGACAUUUUGCAACUAGUUAUUGUAGAACUCAUUUAUAAAGUGUGUCAUGCAAAUCCAUCAGAACGAUCCCGUUUCAUACGUUGUAUUUAUAAUUUAUUGAAUUCUAGUAGUCCAGCUGUUCGUUAUGAAGCUGCUGGAACAUUGGUCACCUUAUCAAAUGCACCUACUGCAGUAAAGGCAGCAGCUUCUUGUUAUAUUGAAUUGAUUGUCAAAGAAAGUGAUAACAAUGUAAAACUCAUUGUAUUGGACCGUUUAAUUGCUCUUAAAGAACACCCUUCACAUGAAAGAGUACUUCAGGACUUGGUCAUGGAUAUUCUAAGAGUAUUAUCUAGCACUGAUUUGGAAGUUAGAAAGAAAACAUUGAAUUUGGCUAUGGAUUUGGUAUCAUCUCGCAAUAUCGAGGAAAUGGUGUUCGUGCUUAAAAACGAAGUGGAAAAAACCCAUAAUUUAGCUGAACACGAAGAUACUGGAAAGUAUAGACAAUUGUUGGUGCGCACACUCCAUACAUGCUCUAUUAAGUUCCCAGAUAUAGCUGCAACAGUGAUACCUGUACUCAUUGAAUUCUUGUCAGAUAGUAUAGAAUUGGCUGCCACGGAUGUUAUGGUAUUCUUGCGUGAAGCUAUUUACCUCUUUGAGUCAUUACGUCCUCUCAUAAUUCAGCGUCUAUUAGAAGUUUUCCAAUCUAUUAAGUCUGCCAAUGUACACAGAGCUGCAUUAUGGAUACUUGGUGAAUUUGCCAACUCACAAGAAGAUAUCGAAGCAACAAUUGAACAAAUAAAAACAUCACUUGGAGACAUGCCUUUAGUUGAAGAUGAGUUAAAGAAAGCAGCUGGAGAUUCAGAAAACGUUGAAGAAUUUGGGUCUAGCGGUUCACAGUUAGUUACAUCUGAUGGAACAUAUGCUACUCAAUCAGCAUUCAUUAUAAAUACUCCUCGUAGUGGUCAAGCAAAACGGCCACCAUUGCGUCAGUAUCUAAUUGAUGGAGAUUUCUAUGUAGGUGCUGCAUUAGGCACUACAUUCACUAAAUUGGGCAUCAGAUAUGCUGAAAUCUGGGAAGAACAAGAUUCUAUAAAAGCUAAUCAAUUUUGUGUCAAACUAAUGUUAAUAUUAACUUAUAUUUUGAAGCUUGGAAAAUCGGGAAUUUGUUCUAAACCAAUUGGCAUUGACGAUGGAGACAAAAUUAUGGAGAGUAUUAAAAUAUUAAAUGAUAGAGAUAGCGAAAUCGAAGAAAUUUAUACCAAGGAGUGCAGCAAAUCAUUAAAUGAAAUGUUGGCUGCUAAAGAAGAUGAAGAAAGCAGCAAUAAAAAAGCUAAAGAAAAACCAGGACAUAAAGUAAAUGUCGAUGAUGCUAUUGUGUUCUUACGUACCACUAGUAAUGGCACAGAAGGUACAGAAAAUGUUUUUGAACUUAGUUUAAAUCAAGCCGUUGCUGGUGGUGGAUCUAUUCACCAGAAUAGUGGUGAUGGUGCAUCAGGACUUUCUACCAAUAGUAAACUUAAUAAAGUUACACAACUGACUGGAUUUUCUGAUCCGGUGUAUGCUGAGGCUUAUGUUCAUGUCAAUCAGUAUGAUAUUGUUUUAGACGUAUUGAUUGUAAAUCAAACAGGUGACACAUUGCAAAAUUGUACGCUGGAAUUGGCCACAAUGGGAGAUCUAAAAUUGGUCGAAAAACCACAACCUGUUGUUUUGGCUCCUCAUGAUUUCUGUAAUAUUAAAGCUAGUGUUAAAGUUGCAUCUACUGAAAAUGGCAUAAUCUUUGGAAAUAUUGUCUAUGAUAUCGGUGGUGCAAUUGGUGAUCGAAAUGUGGUUGUAUUAGAUGACAUCCGUAUAGACAUAAUGGACUACAUAAUGCCUGCUGUAUGUAACGACUCUGAGUUCCGUCAAAUGUGGACUGAAUUUGAAUGGGAAAACAAAGUUUCUGUUUCCACUAGUUUGACCGAUCUUAAUGAAUAUUUGGCACAUUUAUUGAAGAGCACUAAUAUGAAAUGCUUAACUCCAGAAAAAGCAUUAUCAGGGCAGUGUGGAUUUAUGGCUGCAAAUUUAUAUGCAAGAUCAAUAUUUGGCGAAGAUGCUUUGGCUAAUUUAAGUAUUGAAAAGGGAUUAGAUAAGCCACAAGUUAUUGGUCAUAUUAGAAUUCGGGCUAAAAGUCAGGGAAUGGCACUCAGUCUUGGCGACAAAAUAAAUAUGAUGCAAAAACGACCAUACAAAGCAGUUGCGGCUUAAGCUCUACAUUGCAGAUUCAAAUAAAAUCAUCAACCUUAAGAGUUUAUCUUUAUUAUUAUACAUAUUAUAUUUAUAUUGUGUUUUGAAUUACGUAUUAUCAAUAGACAUUUAUUUAGAAAA